AUGCACCCGCUACGAGAGCGCGCUUGUGAUGAUCUGCUGGAACACCCGCUUUUACGUACGCCGCCGCCGGAGCCCGAGCGGCCGCGCCCACCACGCGUCCGCAAGCCCAGAGAAUUUAAACUCCCGCCAAAAUUUCCCUUGUUGUCUGAAGACUUCUAUGUAAAAUGGUGUAAUCAUCAGAAGGAGCUUCAAAUGACAAAACAUAAAGUAGACGACAGUUCACCGGAACUGUUUCCGGAAUUGUACCUGAAACCGCGUCGGCUGAAUUACUAUGCACGCCAGUUGGAAGAAAAUAUGAUCGUGAACAAGGAACUUAUCAAAAAAAUAAAUUUAAUACAAAGGACAGGGGGUUUCGUUGAUUGCUGGUUGCGUCCCAAACCAACCGACAAACAUAACAAGCUCUUGUGCAAGCAGAGACAGCGCUUACUGGACACCAUUCAAAAACAGAACCUCCACAUCUACUCCCGGCUGCUAGUCGCCAGAUCUGAACAAUUACUCACUAAAGAAUUGGACGAGGCCUGGAAAGAUACGAAACACAAGCUAAUUUUAGGAGCAUCAUUGCCCUUCAUACUUUUCAAGACGGAAAAAUUAGACCGUGGGAUCAAAGAUCCCGCCUUCGACAAACCUCCAAAUGUCCACCGAACCAAAGUGUCCAUGGAAAUUUGGGUUCGAGGAGGCUCCAAGAUGGGAAAAGUGGUAAUAGAACUGUUUACAGACAUCGUUCCUAAAACCUGUCAUCUGUUCCUUAACCUUGUCAAGGGCGAUUCUCGCGGACAUGCCUAUACAGGCACCAGAUUUUUUAGAAUUGUGCCAGACCUGUACUGUAGAGGGGGUGACGUCACGAAAGAUAACGGUUUCGGAUUUUACCUGCCUGAGGGAGAUAAUAACCUUAUGGGCGCUGAGAAUUAUCAACUAAAACAUACCGUACCGGGCGUUUUAUCUAUGGUGAUAACUAAAGACAACGAAGUUUCCGGACAAUUUAAUAUAAUUUUCAAGCCCUUACCACAGUUCGAUGAAAAGCACGUCGUGUUUGGGAGAAUAAUAUCGGGUCCUGCACAGACUUUGGAGCGGAUCAGUGCUUUGGGACUUCCAUUGGGCACUACCAGCUCUGACUGCAUCAUUCGCUCCUGUGGCUGGUUCACACGCGGCGGUCAAUACCGCGAGGGAAAUGCCAAUUCCAUCAAAUUUCCCCCCAGGAGAAAGAAAAAUUAA